AUGCACGAACUAUUUAGCGGGCUAAACAUGGCCGAGGUAGACAAAGUCACAUAUUUUACUGAGGGUCUAACCCAACCACUGAAAAUCAAAGUGCUCGAGCGAAUGCCAGAAACGCUUUUACAAGCAGAGGAAGUGGCUAGGACCGUUAAUUCGAUAUCUCAACGUGAGAAUACCACUAAAGAGGGUGACCAGAUCGAGCGAUUGAUCGAGGCGCUCAACCGUAGCCAGCAGGUACCAGCUCAAGUACCAUCUAAUAGUGCUCGUAAUACCCUUCAGCCUCAACUUAUUCAAGCUCAUCUUGAGAAAUUGACUCAAGGACUAGACGGCCUGACACCUAUAACCACACACAAGGUUGCUGCGUGUUCAGAGCCCCGAGGAAACUAUGAACGAAAACUGGACGAGCUUACGAACCUUAUGCAGCGUAUGGAGGGUCAGUUACAAGACCAAAUUAAAAACCUAGAUCGACGAUUUGACGCACGCAUAAAUGGUCUAGCACAACGCAGACAAGGUACUCGGGGUAACCGAGAAAGAUCAAGAGAUGGUAGACCAGUAUGUUAUCGCUGCGGAAUGAUGGGACACUUUCAGAACAGUUGCCCCCAAAGAGAUACUGACCAGCGUCAACUGGUACCCAGGUACCCAAACACCGCUCCUAACAACAAUGUGCGUUAUUCCGCUGGUCCACAGUCACGCUUGAGAGCGCUGCCUUCGGCGCAGAGUCAGAACCGUGUUGCUGUUCUGGGUAA